AGAACUUUGUACAUGAAGCAAUAAUUGUGAUAUAUUUAUGUAACUAUAUUUAGUAUACAGUAGGUAUAAUCAGACUAUGAUUUCCAGCAGUUGUGGCUGUGGUCUCUAGAACAGUCGAAGAAAGAAUGUAUGAUUUUCUUUGUGUUCUUGGCGUCUUUUUCGUCUCCGAAAAGACUUUCGUUCUCUCAUUUUCAGGAUCUUUGUUGUCUUUUACUUUGGUUAGUUUCUCGUGUGUACAUUUGGUGGCGCCAAGGUGUGUUAGUUAUAUGUCUUGCCGAAAGAGGCGUAAUAGUCGCGACGAGAUCGCCAUAAAAGGUUGCUCCGACCGUUUGCUUCCUAAGAUAGCACUGGCAAUAAUAAGAAUGACAACGUAUAUAUAAUAUAUGCAAUAUUACAAGAUUCAAAUAUAUUUUGACGUAUUGUGAUAGAAAGUUAAUUAUUGUAAUAUUAAAAUGCCAUGUGAAAUGAUAACACUACAACUUGGCCAAUGUGGCAAUCAAAUUGGUUUUGAAUUUUGGAAAAGAUUAUGUGCAGAACAUGGUAUCAGCCCAGAAGGGAUUUUAGAAGAUUAUGCCAUAGAUGGAACUGACCGAAAAGAUGUCUUUUUUUAUCAAUCAGAUGAUGAACAUUAUAUACCAAGAGCCGUUUUAUUAGAUUUAGAACCUAGAGUAAUUCAUACCAUCAUGAAUUCUCCAUAUUCAAAACUCUAUAAUCCAGAAAAUAUAUAUUUAUCGAAACAUGGUGGUGGAGCUGGCAAUAAUUGGGCCUCUGGCUAUCAUCAAGGAGAAAAAUUACAAGAAGAAAUUUUUGAUAUUUUAGAUCGGGAAGCAGAUGGAAGUGAUAGUUUAGAAGGUUUUGUCUUGUGUCAUUCUAUAGCAGGUGGUACUGGUUCUGGUAUGGGAUCUUUUAUGUUGGAAUCUCUUGCAGACCGAUUUCCAAAAAAGUUGAUUGAAACGUAUAGUGUUUUUCCAAAUCAGGAUGAAAUAAGCGAUGUUGUGGUACAACCAUACAAUUCUUUACUAACGUUAAAAAGACUAACUCAUUGUGCAGAUUGCGUUGUUGUCUUAGACAAUACAGCUUUGAAUAGAAUUGCAUCGGACAGACUACAUAUACAAAAUCCUACUUUCACACAAAUUAAUAAACUUGUCUCUACAAUAAUGUCUGUCAGCACCACAACUCUUAGAUAUCCUUCAUAUAUGAAUAAUGAUUUAGUUAGUUUAAUUGCUCCAUUGAUACCUACACCACGUCUACACUUUUUAAUGACAGGAUAUACACCUAUUACUACAGAUCAAGAGGGUGCAUCAGUAAGGAAAACAUCUGUUUUGGAUGUAAUGCGACGUUUACUGCAACCAAAAAAUAUGAUGGUUUCUGCUGCAUUGGAUAGAAAUGCUUCUCAUUGUUACAUAUCUAUUUUGAACAUUAUACAGGGCGAAGUCGAUCCCACACAAGUACAUAAAUCUUUACAAAGAAUACGAGAACGGAAGUUAGCGCAAUUUAUACCCUGGGGACCUGCUAGUAUACAAGUUGCUCUUUCUAGAAAAUCUCCGUAUAUUCAAAGUACACAUCGUGUAUCAGGUUUAAUGCUGGCCAAUCAUACUAACAUAUCAUCACUCUUUGAUCGAGCCCUACAACAAUAUGAUAAAUUACGCAAACGAGAGGCAUUCUUAGAACAGUUUCGAAAAGAAAAAAUGUUUGAGGAUAAUCUUGAUGAGCUUGAUAGUUCAAGAGCUGUAGUUGAAUAUUUAGUAAAAGAAUAUCAAGCUGCAACUAAACUUGAUUACUUAACAUGGAAUCCAACUAAAGAACAAUAAAAAUAUAUGAGCUGUUUAACAUGUAGUGUAUUUCACACUACCAGUUUUUCUUUUUGAUAAUUUUAUAUUUAUACAAUGUUCUGCAUGUGUUUUUGUGCCAUACACUAUUUCAUUGCAAAUUUUAAUACAGUUGUUCCAAGAUCAUUAAUUACCUAGCAAAGUAUUAAUAUAGUUUUAUAUUAUAUAUAUGAACUAGCUAGUUUAAGUUCUCUAUAUUUUCUAUGCAACUUGUUGUAAUAAUAGAAAAUAAUAUCGUGUUAAUAAAUAUAAUUGUAUGAAAAUUUUACAAUUUAAAAAGGAUGAAGUAUUUGGUUUAAUAUAAUAAUAAGUGAUUUAAAUCGUUUUAUGAAAUAAACAAUUUACUUAUUAAAAUAAAAACAUGUUUUAUAAUCAAGAUUACAUAAUGGAAGAGCUGAAAUAAUAUUAACAAUGAUAUAAUUUAUUUUACAAUGUUAAACAAUAUCUUUAUAUUUUAUAUACUCUGCAACAUAAAAUAACAAAAGAGAAUAUAUAAAUUUAUCUAAUUUUAAUGCCAU